AUGCCCUCCAGGGGUGCGCGUUCGAAGAAGCCCGCAAAGAAGACCGCCUCAGCUGAGGAGGCAGCACAACGACUGCCAGAGCAUCUCGCGGCAGGCAAGUUCACCUCACUGGCCGACAUCACAAGUAUCGUGCUGGGUGCUCGCUCGUGGCAGUCCGAGGCAGAGGCCGAGACGAGGCCCCUCACGACUACCGCGUCUACUGCAGAGCUUCAAAAUUGGGAUGAACACGCUGCGCUGGUUGCCCAACGACUCUUAAAACGCGAUGAAAGUACAAAACUACGAGCGUUGCAGGAGCUCAGCACCCUCUUGCAGGCACUGGAACAAGCUUCCUCGGAAAGAAUCGCAGACCAAGCAGCCUACGGGGCCCAGUACGGCGCUUUUCUCGGAAACUUUGCCACUGCAUUCGUGAAACUGACACUGGAUCCGAGUGUACGCGUUCGAGCAGAAGCCGUCGCGCUGGCGGGGCUUGUCGUUCGUCUUUACGGAAAACGGUCAAUAGCGCUCCUGCCGGGGAUGCUUCCGGCAUGGGUUGGGUUGCUGGGCGAUCCCUCGGCACAGGUCGCUGAAGCUGCAGCUCGUAGUUUCCAGGACGCGUUUCCCACUGAGGUGAAACGUCGACGAGCGCUGUUGUUGGUACCGCAUGCACUGAUCCACCACGCAACCGCGCAGGUUCAGAGCAGUCUAGCGGGAAACGUGCCAGAGACGUUGCGUCAAUCCGCAGACAAGGCCGAAAUGCCCCUUCUCCACGCGCUGGUGUGCGUGGCGUCCACCGCGGAGGCUUUGGCAACGACACUAGCGACAAAGACAACCUUGUCGCCAGCAGACGACUCGGAACUGGUUGCAUUUCUGGUCCACUGGCUCCAGCACUGGGUAUCGGAGGAAGGCGUGCAGACGCUUGCGGUACCGCUUUUCCGCCGCUACCGGCAAUCGCUCCGCGUCCAUGAGGCCUUCUGGCGACUAGCCAUUAUUUCAGUGGACCUUUUCGGAGAGCUUCGGCAGACCAGAGACGAGCACCAGGGGCAUAGCUUGAUCGCUGCAUUGGCAAACGCUUGUCCAGACUGGGAAAGCAAGGCGUCGGACGGUUUUUCCUAUCUCGUUUCACGACUCGCUUGGGAUGAGCUGCACGCUUCCUGCCAAGAACAGGUCUGGAUCCUCCUCCAUCGCUAUGUUGUGCGGAUUGAGCCUUCCAGCAGCAGCCUUGCACGAUCGAUCUCUGCAAAGACGCUCACAAGCUGGCUUCUCGGCGAGUCGAUAGCAGGGGGCCGGCGUCAGGCCUCUGCAGCCGAACGUAUCCAGUCUGGUCGGGUUUUCCGGGGGCUGCUACCCUUCUUGCAAGCGCUACGAAUCAAGUGGCUGACCAGCGACGCUGUGCGUUCCGAUCCAGUCGAGAGCGCUUCCCGUCAUCAUUGGCUCGAGUCGUUCGAGGGUAUGCUGCUCGAUGAGCUCACCACUGCCUUGCUCUGGCGAGCGCCUAAAACAAAGUUUCCUCCAGCGCUUGUGGGGAGCGCUUACCUGGACUGGUGGCAAGCAGCGCUGGUCGCUUUCCUGGAGAGUGCGCUCUGGGUCCAGCAGCUAUCCUCGAGACGAGAGCGCAGCGAUGAUAGGACUGCUCUGCGCGCUCGAUGCCGCGCUGCACUACAGCGGUACCUUCUUGCAGCGGAGGCGUUUCAGCGUGCACCUGAAGCGUCGCAAUCCGUGGUGCAAUUCGGUGGUAGACCAGCCGAUGCAUCAUUGCUUCAUGAACGCUUUUUCGAUGUGCUUUUCUAUGCGAGCGUGGACGCUUGUCGAAGCGACUUGGAUGCAACGCGCUCCAACUGGCAAAUCGUUGGUGAGGAGCUCGCCGCGGGGCUCGUCGUCAUCGUCGUCAUCGAACGAGCACCUGCCUGGUAUGCGAAGGCGGUGGUCGCUGCUUGCGAACGUGCCGUGCAGGGAACCUCGUUCGCGACGCUCGAGUCAGACCAGCAGCCCCGGUGGUCACUUCUAGGCCUCGAUCCUGGCGUCAUUCGUACCUGGAGUGUAGAAAUUAUGGGAGGUGCGUUCUGCUGGGCACUGAAUCGUUUCCGUCGACGAAAGAUUGGCAACGGAAACGCACAACAUGACGAUAAUCACCAGCAGGUACAUGGUACUCCAGCGGAAGCAGAGGUUGCAACCACGCUGCUCCUGUUGGCAUGGAGUCAGCGCGCCCCGGCUUCGAUGCUGGAACGUGCUUUGCAGUAUCCAGAUCCGAUUCAGGGCCGCCAUCGACUCAACGACUUUUUCCACGACGCUGUGUCGCUGCUGGAGCAUCCAUCAGCGGAAAACGAGCAUGACGAUGACGAUGACGACAACGAGGAGGAGGCGGUGGCGGUGGCAGCGCUCCCUGCUGCUUACAGUCACCAGCUCGUAGCGGUGCUGGGUGCACUGGCUGCAUGCAGUCACUCCUCUGAGGCGCUGAGCGGUCCAUCGAGCGUCUUGAACGCGCGUUUAGAGGAGUGUCCUGGCGCGGGUCGCUGGCUCAUCGAACUUGCUCAAGCAGCACGUAUCCGAGCAGCUUCAAUAGAGCAAGGUGUUCCAGCUGGUCUCUGGACAGCGACGGUGUUUCCCCGUCACCUGGCUGACCAAGUGGAGCACCUGCAGUGCUACUGCGACCAACUGGACCCCGCCCGCUACUCCUAUUACCGCCGUUCGGAGACAGACGCUUGGCCUUCCGUUGGGCUCCUGCUGGAAUACGCCGCCUGGCCCGAGGCCUGGCUCUGGUCAACGUCCACUGACUGGUCUACACUGAGGAGCAGCAUGGAUGCCAGCGUGUGUCGGGCGCUGCGUCUCGGACUCUGGGACUGGCCCCAACUGGCCUCCUUUCAGCAGGGUGUUCAUUCAGCAGCUGCUCCAUGGACCGCAGAAACACGAGCUUGGCUGUACGUGAGAGCGCUCCUGGCAUUAGAGCAGCACCAGAGCCAAGAAGCAAGCGACGGGCAUGUGUUUGCGGACGUCCGACCGUCGGCAGCGCUGGAGCGUGAAACCCUGGAAAGAGUCGUGCUCGACGCACUCGCGUGGCUCCUUGAGGAUAUGGAACGCGUUCUGCUCGCAGAGUCGUGUGAAACGCAAGCUCCGGACAUGCUCGAGGCUGUUCAACGCUUCCAGCGCGUGCUGCUAGAGCUCGCCGCCACCUCGAAACGCCCCUGGCAAGCUCUCCUGUACGACAUAUUGUACAAGUGCUGGGUAUCGGAUGCAGAGGACUCGAAGGCAAUAGCAGCACAGCCUGGAGAGCGCGUGAUAGAACCAGCAUGGCGACCAUUGCAAAGACUAGAGGAGCAACAACGACAACAACGCUGGCGUUGUUCGCUGCUCGAGUCGCUGACACCCUCGCUGGACGAUGCAGCAAGUCCGCUUGAUGCUACGUUGUGGCACCUCUACCUGCAGUUUCCAUGGACGCGUUCCUGGGCAACAGCACGAUUUAUCGGCUGGCUGCAGCGAACGGAUGCUGCGACUGCUGCGUCCGCACUCGACGUGGCGGCAGCGGUACUUGCGCGCCUCCUGGACCCCGAAGCGAGCACUGCAGCCUGCUGCGACACGAUCGUAACCGAGUUGGCAAAAGCCCCGCUGUACGCACCAGCGACACCGACAGCGUUUCAGGUGCCGCUCGAGCAAAGCGCUGAGCGUCAACCGACGAUGCUCAUGAGACUGCUGAUAUGGUCGUCACUGGUACGAGAGCGUUUCUGGAUACGUCUCCAGACGGAUGCUGCGUAUUUUGGACGAAGCGUCACCGCGGCCUCUUUCACACGAUGCACGAUGGCUGCUCUGGAAACCGGUCCGGUUACCGGCCUGCAGGCAUCUGGAGCCGUGGGAGAGUUUGCGUUGGAGCUCCUUCGGUAUGCGGCAGCGAGUCUGGCGCAAACGCUGCCCGUAUGGGUCCAGAGCGUUCUGAAUGACACCUCAGCUGAGCGAAUGCGCAGCGCUACCGGGCUGCAGCACGAGCCGUCUGUCCAAGUGGCCCCACAGGAUGUACCGAAAACACUGUGUGCUUCUAUGGAAAUUCUCGGGCAUGCGGCUGCGAUUCCCGCCUCCUACGAACAUCGUGCGGAUUUGUUGACGUACCUGCGUUCCGCACUGGAACUGCUCAUUGAGGUGCCGUUCACGAACCUGAUCACAAGCCUCGAGCGAGCGCCACAGCAAACGAGUGAGGAGUUUCAUCGAGGCUCCUCAUUCGUUGGCAAACAUGCAACGCCGGACGCCAACACGACAAGGCCAGCAGCAUCGGCAACGAGCGUGCGUCGCGUUUCGGACGCUCCAUCGACACCGUCGUCAUCGUCGAGCGCAGCGGAGGACUCGAAUCGCCAGGUACUCGCGGUCCUGUUUGAACGGCUCGUGCGUCCGAGUCUGGACGUUUUCGCUACCGACCUGGGCGAAGAACACUGGACCUGGAUCGGCGAGACUGCUACGCAGGCGCUGGUGACCUCGCUGGGCUGGCCAGUGUACGCGGCAGCGCUUCGGUGUCUGUACGCAUGGCAUGUGCGGCUCGUAGAGCGUGCCUCUUCGACCCUGUUAUCGGAACAGAUGGUCAGCAGUAUUGGACAGGCCCUCUGGAUGACUUGUUAUCGAUUGGCAGAGGCGUAUCGUGACUCGCUCGUCACCGAGGCGCCAUGUUCACCGGUUGCGGAGCUGAACCUACCCGUUCAAGAUGCGCUGGGCUAUUUGAUUUGCGUUUUCAGACCUGAACUUGAGCGACUGGCGCUUCGCAGCGAGGAUUCCGCACCCCAGAUGAUGACCGCGUUACCGUGCUGGCGCGAAGCUCGUGACCGCUGGGUAACGACGCGUUUUGGUGUCAAGUGUGAGUCGUUGCUUUCAUCGAUGCUGGGCCGCUUCUGGUGUCUCACCUGGCUUCCGUAUCUCGUUGCAAGCAAAAGCACCGCUGUCCGCAGUGCCGUCAUGCAGUUGCUGGGCACCCUGUGGGAUGCGCUGGAAGCCUGGCUCGCGACGUCGACACUGGAGGGUGCACAGGCGUCCCUGGGUACCGGGCACGCAGGUACAGGUGCCUCUCCUGCGGAUACACGUCCAGGCUCGAUUCGUUUCGAGUCCGAUCAGCGUGGAGCGGCCACAGCCCUGGGCAGACGACCUGCAGAGCCCGAGCCGAUGCCCUGUAGCAGCACCAGCGCUACAUACGCUACCGAGACAACGCCACUGGAAUACUCUGCGGAUCGACGGGGCACCCAGCUGGACGGCAGCGUCGAGCAUCACGACCCGUUACGCACGGAGGCAUCGGAGCUCUCCGUCGCCGUCAGCGACUUGGGCAUUGCAGAGAAUACCGUGCAUUUGGAGGCACUCAAGGGAUUGGCAACGCUCCACGAUGCCCUGAUUCAGAGCUGCAGUGAGGCGCUGUUUGCCCUGACGGCGAGGUUUCCGUCGCUGGACCCGACACCAGAGGCCGCGUCAUGGGAACCUCUGCAGACCUAUUUUUGCGCUUGGCUGGUGCUGCUUCGGCUCCAGGUCACGGGCUCCUAUCCAGAAGCGUCGCUGGUAACACCGUUGGGGUCGCGGUUGCCGAACACGUUGCGAGAAGGUGCGCUUUGGACGCUUCUAGACGGACUCGGGCGUUGCUGGAUCCGAGCGGCAGCUACGAUAACGACGCGAACACCCGAAAGCAGUCACUCCACGAGCGAUGCAGAGGCUCAAUGCUUCCGAGAGCAACUGGAAAUGCUUCUGGCUGGUCUCACCGAGCAACUGGUGCUCGCUACCUCGGAUCCGCAGUGGCUGGCGAGGGAGAUCUUCUGGGAGCCAACAGACUGGCGACCAGCGGCUCUCGGAGCCCGCCUCCUCUUCCUGACGCUACUCGUGCAACCGCUUCUUGCACAACGCUGGUUUACCGAUCAUGUUGCGGAUCGCUCGCUUCUUCAGCCGCUGGAGCUGUUGAGCCGCACGCUGCUCACUGGACCGUUGAUUGCCCGCGAACUCGAGGCUAUUCGGCAGUAUGCCGCGCAUGUGCACCAGACCCAGCACCGGGAGAACGGCGAAACCGUUCCCAAUGCAUCCCCUUCCCAUACGGGUGUGUUAUCCGUUCAGGGUAGUCUUGCAGCACGAGAGAUUCUGGUUCGGUACCACUUUGAAGAGGUCCAAUUACCCGUGUGUCUCCGACUGGCCGAUACGCAUCCGUGGCGAGCGCCGGAGCUUGUGCUUGCGCCCGCUGAACGCUCCGUAGUCUCGUUGGCGGGCAUCGAACGUGAAACACGCGCUCGAUCAGAGCUCGAAGCUCGCUACCGAAGACUCUUUCUCCAUAUGACCAGAAUUUUACAACACGGAGUGGAUCGGCACUCUGCCGACGCCGGUACCCUACUGCUACAACUGGGCGCAUCGGCAACGUCCUCGUCGACAUCGACGACAUCGACGCUUGGGACGGCGUCCUGUGUGCCUCGUCAGUACUUUGCACCGAGUGCCCUCGCCAGUGCGGUGGUGUACUGGCAUCAGCGUUUGGUUUCCCUAUUGCGUGACGCACCCGAGUGUCCGAUCUGUUAUCAGGUGCUGCAUUCACGAACAGGUCAGGUUUCGCGUGUGCGCUGUCCGACCUGUCGGUAUCGAUUCCAUGCAGCUUGUCUGUAUCGGUGGUUCAGUAGUGCUGCGCACGGUGCCACGUGUCCGUUGUGUCGGUCACCGUUCUAA